AUGACGGAAUUCAACUCCCUGUCCAUGACACCUUUCGACUCCCUCCCAGACAAGAAGCGCGUGUGGCCAGCUGCCCCGAAUUCCCAUGAGGAAGGACUAGGUCGCCUAUCCCUCCUCACUCCGGAAAUAGUAGCCUCGGCAGCGCAGUCCUGCAUCAAGACCGGAGUCAGGGUCUCGCUGAACUGGGACAUGAGAAAGCUGGAAUCUGCCAACUUCAACCGAGCACCAUCACAACACCACAUCAUCUCGCUGCUGAACGGGACUGCUUUCGACGACGUAUACAUUUUCAACCCGCAGCAGUCGUCGCAGUGGGACGGCCUGAGACACUACUCGGCGCCCUUCCCCACGCCCCAGGACCCCUCGCGGAGGUUAUUCUACGGCGGUGUGACGGCUGCCGAGAUCAGUGAUCGGUCGAAUCAUCGGAUUGGCAUGCAGCAUUGGGCCAAGGAAGGGAUCUGCGGGAGGGGCGUGCUGUUGGACUAUGCGGCGUGGGCGGAGAGGAACGGCGUCAAGUACAGUGCGUUUUCGAACCAUGCCGUUCCGUUGCGGGCGUUGAAACAAAUUGCCGACGAGGCAGGCAUCGUCUUCGCAAGGGGUGACAUACUGUUUGUGAGGAUUGGCGUCACGAACGAGUGGGAUACACAUAUGAGUCCGGCGGACAAGUUGGCCUAUGGCAGGCAGUCUCGUCCGCAGCACGCGGGGGUCGAGGGCACAGAGGAGAUGCUGAGGUGGAUAUGGGAUGAGGGCUUCGCUGCCGUGGCCGGAGAUUCUAUUUCCUUCGAGGUGCGUCCGCAGCAGGAUUCUUACGAGACCGAGGACGGGCGGGAGGUCCCUGGGCUCGGGAUGCAUGAGUACUUGAUUGCGGGAUGGGGGCUUCCGGUUGGCGAGCUGUUUGACCUGGAGGAGUUGAGCAAGACUUGCCAGAGGCUGGGUCGCUGGGAGUUCUUCGUAUCCAGUGCACCCUUGAAUAUGCCUGGGGGCGUGAGCAGUCCUCCAAACUGCCUCGCGAUAUUUUAG